CCCGAGUCCCGAGUCCCGCCGGGUCCGCGCCGCCCGCCGAACCCCGCCGAGCCGCUACCGCCCGCCAGUCUCUUCCAACAGUCUCUCAGCCUCUCCACCUGUAAGAUGUAAUGCCGGACCUGGGACGGGGCGCACACUCUCCCUGGAUGCACUGGGUCCCGAAUGGGACUGCCCCCUGGGCUCCAAGGACCUGGAGGAAGAGGAGGUCCCUGGGAGCGGGGGCUCUGGCUUGCCGCCCCCCAGCUGCUUCCCUGGUUCCUGGCGCCACGACGUGGGCCUGGACUGCAAGGGCUCCCCUGAGGGGGCAGAGGCCCGGGCCUGGACCGUCCACUACUACAGCCUCCUGCAGAGCUGUCUGCAGCAAGCUGGCCUUCCGGAGACCCAGGACCGAAGCCAGGUGCCCCGCACAGGCUGCCCUGGGGCGGAGGCGACCCUGUGCGUUCUGGGAUCCCCCAGUACCUUUCUGUCCGUGCUGCUGGAGGGUGGGGUCCAGAGCCCGGGAAACAUGCUUCUCUGCCUGUCCCCUGCUUGGCUGACAAAGGUGCCAGCACCAGGGCAGCCAGGGGAGUCGACCCUGCUGGUCUCCAAGGCCGUGAGCUUCCACUCAGGGGGCCUGACAUUCCUGGAUGACUUUGUCCCCCCUCGCCGAGCCACCUACUUCCUGGCGGGCCUGGGGCUGGGGCCUGGCCCAGGUCGAGAGGCAGCUGAGCUCGCCCGCGACCUGACCUGCCCCACAGGAGCCUCAGCCGAGCUGGCCCGGCUGCUGGAGGACCGGCUGCUGACAAGGCGGUUGCUGGCUCAGCAGGGUGAUGUGGCCGUGCCAGCUACCCUGGCUUUCACCUACAAGCCACCAGCACUGCUGCGGGGAGGGGAUGCCAGCCCGGGACUACGGCUGGUGGAGCUGAAUGGCAAAGAGGGCCAGGAAGCACUGGUGAAGGAGGAAGUAGGGACCUUUCUGCACUCCGAGGCCCUGGGUGAUGCACUGCAGGUAGCCGUGAAGCUCAGUGGCUGGCGCUGGCGGGGGCGGCAGGCAUUGCGUCUGUACCCACGAGCAGAGCUAGGCCCAGUGGUGGACACAGUGCUGGCAUUGCUGGAGAAACUGGAGGAGGAGGAGAGUGUCCUGGUGGAGGCUGUGUGCCCACCUGCCCGGCUGCCCUUCCCAGGCAGCCCCUCACCUGGCCCUGAGCUGGCUCUGCGCAUCUGUGCUGUGGUGUGUCGGACACAGGGUGAUAGGCCCCUGCUGAGCAAGAUGGUAUGCGGCGUCGGCCGUGUGGACAGGCCUCUGCGGCACCAGAGCUCCUUGCCACAAACGCUGGAGGUGGCACUGGCCCAGUGCGGUCUGGGUGAGGCUUCGCAGGUGGCGGUCGUGCGGCAGCGUGUCAAGGCUGCGGCCGAGGCCGCUCUAGCCGCUGUGCAGGCCCUGGAGGCCGGGCUGAGCGCUGAGCAGCGCGGCGGGCGCCAGGCCCGCACUGACUUCCUCGGGGUGGACUUUGCCCUGACGGUGGCCGGCCGCGCGCUGACCCCUGUGGCCCUGGAGCUGAACGGAGGCUUGUGUCUGGAGGCGUGCGGCGCGCUCGAGGGGCUGUGGGCAGCGCCGCGCCCGGGGCUGGCGGCCGAGGAGGCGGCGGCCGCGCCGCUGGUGGAGACGAUGCUGCGACGCUCUGCGCGCUACCUCAUGGAGGGGAAGCAGCUGCUGCUGCUGGGCGCGGGCGGCUUCAGCAAGAAGUUCGUGUGGGAGGCGGCGCGCGACUACGGACUCAAGGUGCAUCUGGUGGAUUCGGACCCCAACCACUUUGCGUCCCAGCUGGUGCAGACCUUCAUCCAUUUCAAUGUAACGGAGCACCAGAGGGAUGAAGAGAAUGCACGGGUGCUGGCGGAGUUGGUGCGGGCACGUGGCCUGCAACUAGAUGGCUGCUUUUCCUACUGGGAUGACUGCCUGGUGCUCACAGCCUUGCUCUGCCAGGAGCUGGGUCUGCCCAGCAACCCGCCAUCCGCCAUGCACCUGGCCAAGCAGAAGAGCCGUACCCAGCUGCACCUGUUGUCCCGCCAUGGCCCACCCUGGCCCGCACCCUCCCUCUAUGCUGUGCCCUGCUGUCCACUGGAGAGUGAGGCUGAUGUGGACAGGGCUGCCCGCCAGGUACCCCUGCCAGGCGUCAUGAAGCUGGAGUUUGGGGCGGGCGCAGUGGGUGUGCGGCUGGUGGAGGAUGCGUCGCAGUGCCACGAGCACUUUUCCCGGAUCUCCCGAGACCUGCAGGUCGAGGCUGACCACCCCGGCAUUGGGCUGGGCUGGGGCAAUGCCAUGCUGCUGAUGGAGUUCAUCGAGGGCACCGAACAUGAUGUGGAUCUGGUGUUGUUUGGCGGGCAACUGCUGGCUGCCUUCGUCUCCGACAAUGGCCCCACACGGCUGCCUGGCUUCACUGAGACGGCAGCCUGCAUGCCCACUGGGCUGGCACCGGAGCAGGAGGCGCAGCUGGUGCAGGCAGCCUUCCGCUGUUGUCUGGGCUGUGGGCUGCUGGAUGGAGUCUUCAAUGUGGAGCUCAAGCUGACCGGGGCGGGGCCUCGGCUCAUCGAGAUCAACCCCCGCAUGGGCGGCUUCUACCUGCGAGACUGGAUCCUGGAGCUUUAUGGUGUGGACCUGCUGCUGGCUGCUGCUAUGGUGGCCUGCGGCCUGCGGCCUGCCCUGCCCGCUCGCCCCCGCGCCCGUGGCCACCUGGUGGGUGUCAUGUGCCUGGUGUCCCAGCACCUGCAGGCACUGAGGUCCACUGCCAGCCGUGAGACCCUGAAGGCUCUUCAUGACCAGGGCGUGCUGCGCCUCAAUCUGCUGGAGGAGGCCCUGGUGCCUGGCGAAUACGAGGAGCCCUAUUGCAGUGUGGCCUGUGCUGGGCCCAGCCUGGCUGAGGCCCGUCUCCGCCUGCUGGGCCUCUGCCAGGGCUUGGGUAUUGAUGGGCCCCACUACCCUGUUGCUUACUUCUUAUCCCACUUCAAAUAGUGCUGGGGCCGGAGGGCAGGGGCAAAGUGCUGGAUGGGGGGUGGGUGGCUGUGGUGCCCUCUGCUCCCUGCUGCUCUCCCUGCUUCUCUUCCCAUAGCCCUGCCCCAACCCUGGUCUGGUCCAUUCCAAGACCCCAGGUCUGUCCCAGAGUGAGUGGCAGGGCUGUUUCGACACCAAGGCAUCUUGGACUUGAGGGCCUCAAAAGAAUGUAUCAGGUGGGCCACUGGUCCUUCUUGCCCACCUGAAGGCCCCGUUACAGCCCACAGCUGCCCGGGACUCUAUCCAUGGAGAAGCAACAACAGAUGAAAACACACACACACAUGCACAUCCUGCCCCCAGGUUGGUGGAAGUGGGCCCAGACCCUCCAGGUCUGUCUGUCUUCCUGCUGUCUGCAGGAGAGAACCUGGCUGGCCCCUGGCCUUGGACAGAUCCCAAGAAAACCUGAGACUAAGUCCCUCCUUUGUGAACAAAUUCUAGAUCGUUCUAGAGCUGGCUGACCACUUUCAGCAGUGUCCCACCUGCCUCAUUUGGCCUGUGCAGCAGAAGCAUCUGACCUGGGGUCAGCAGUAAUCAUCUCCCCUCCAGGCGGACUCUAUUGUCCCAUUCUACAGAUAAGGAACCAGGUUUAGAGAGGAAAAGCCACUGCGUUGAUGUCAUACCACAGUGGCUGAAGUGUUGAGGGACAAGAGGCAAGGUCCAGGUUUCUGCUUUUCCUAAGUUGUAUGGGGCCACUCAGCUUCUAGGCCCCACUCACCUCUUUGCCCCCAUUCAUAUGUGGCCCGGACACAAUAUGAACACCCCCACCCGAGCACAGUGUACCUUAUCCACCAAGCUUUGGUGCUUUGGCCUCGGAUACGCCUAACCAGCAUUGGCAGAGAAGACCCUUCACUCCCUCUGCAUUCAGGGGAGGCUGCUUUGAGAAACCUGUCUCUGUGCAGCAUGGGAGCUGCGGACAGCUCCACGAGUGUCCUUCUCCGAAUAAAGGCUUACACACUA